UCACACACCACUGUGUCCAUAGGGUACUGUCUAGAUCUACAGUACAACUACAUCAUAACAGAUACAACAUCAACCUCAGGCUUUAUUUUUGCUAUUUCAAGACCUACUGUAUAUCAACCACAUAACCUUCAAAAUGCACAGAAAAGAUCAGAUCUGUCAUGAUGACUACCAGAAGACAGCCAGCUGGCUCCUGUCCCAGACGCAGCACAGGCCCAAAGUGGCCAUCAUCUGUGGCUCCGGACUGGGCAUGCUGGCUGAUGCUCUCAAGUGCCAGGACUCCGUUCCUUACUCCGACAUCCCUGGGUUCCCACAGAGCACAGUGCAAGGACAUGCUGGCAGACUGGUGUUUGGGGAACUAAAAGGAAAGACGUGUGUUUGCAUGCAGGGCCGUUUCCAUAUGUAUGAGGGACACUCACUCUGUAAGACUACCUUUCCUGUGCGGGUAUUUAAGCUCUUGGGGGUGGAGACCCUGAUUGUGACCAAUGCAGCAGGCUCACUGGCAGACAGCUACCAGGUUGGGGACAUCAUGAUCAUCAAAGAUCACAUCAACUUCCCCGGCCUGGCUGGGCUCAAUCCCCUCAGUGGACCCAAUGAUGACAAGUUUGGUCCCCGGUUCCCUCCCAUGUCUGGUGUGUAUGACAAGAACCUGCGGAAAAUAGCCUUUGACCUCUGUAAGAGCAUGGACGUCUCUCAAUUUGUCCAGGAGGGGGUUUACUGUAUGGUGGGAGGGCCCAACUUCGAGACCAUCGCAGAGGCCAGACUUCUUCACAGACUAGGGGUGGACGCUGUGGGAAUGAGCACAGCACCAGAGGUGGUGGUAGCCACACAAUGUGGCAUGAGGGUGUUUGGCCUCUCUCUCAUCACAAACAAGGUGGUCAAGAGCUAUGACGACACUGAGUCAGUCAACCACGAAGCUGUUCUGGAGGUCAGCAAACUGCGCUCGCAAAUGCUGCAGACGCUGGUCACCGAGCUGGUCAGCCGGAUGUACAUCAACAACAACGCGGUCUGAACUGAAGAGACCAAGACGAGAUGAGACAUUCAAACCUGUCAACUUGUCAAGAUGAAAACAUUCAACAUUCCACAGCGACCCGACCAAUGUUACAUCUGAAAUGGCACAGUAUUCCCAAUUCAGUGCACUACUUUUGACCAGAGCCCAUGGCACCCUAUUUCCUAUAAGUAGUACACUAUAGGGUGCCAUUUCAGAUGCACAACAAGAAUCUCAAGAGGAUUUGACAAAAUCACUCAAAAUCUUGCAGCUACUGGCCUAUUAUGCAAACAUGGUGCCCAGGUCAAUGUCUUGAAUAUUGUUUGGGUUAAAUCAACAAUAAUCUCAUCUGUUCAGUCUGUAAAUAUUGUACAAAAUUGUGUAACUUUAUACUGUCAUUUGUAUUUUGUGAUAUCACAACUGAUGUUUAUCUGUUGUAUAUUUUUUAUUUGUUCUGUAAACAGGUUCUCUCAAAUGGACAACUUUUUACAACCUGUUAUUUUUCAGCUGUAUUAACUCAUCUUUCUAUCCACAAUUAUGUGCUAAUACUUGUUCACAGAUAAUAAGAUAAACAUAUAAAAGUGAAAGAUUAUAAUGCAGCUCUAUGUAUGAUGAAACAUGACGUAUUACAAAUCAAUGUCACAUAUUCAGAUAAUUUUAUAGAUUAAUAUAAUUGUGCACAUUUAUAUUUAAGAUAUUGCAGAAUGGUGCUUUUAAUUCAUGUAAAAUACAAUCUGUAUUUUAAUUGUAUUGUUACUCAACUUUUGUCGGAUAUUGAGUACGGAUUGCACCGUCAAUCUGCGAUGCUUUAUCACAUUAAACACAAUUCUUCCAUAAUAGGUUUUUAUCUCAUUUCAGAGAAAUGCAAAUCUCUGUG